CACCCCAUCUCCAAGCGCUUCCCAGAACAGAAAACACCUCCGAGGGCCGCUGCCGCCACCAGAAAACCCAGCCGAGGUCGGGAGAGCUUUCAUUUCUUCCCAAGUCCCUGUGGAUGGCAUCGCGGGCCCUCCUGGAGCUGCAGCCCUCCAACCAGAGCCAGGCGGUGCCUCCAAACGCCACGUCCUGCGACGAUGCCGGGGAGGCCUGGGCCCUGCUGCACAGGGUGCUGCCCGCCUUCGUCGCCGCCAUCUGCGCCUGCGGCCUGCUGGGGAACCUCUUCGUCCUGUCCGUCCUCCUCCUGCCCCGGCGGCGGCUCAGCGUGGCCGAGAUCUACCUGGCCAACCUGGCCGCGUCCGACCUGGUCUUCGUCUUGGGCUUGCCCUUCUGGGCCCACAACAUCUGGAACCACUUCAACUGGCCUUUCGGGGCCGCGCUCUGCCGCGCCGUCAGCGGGGUGAUCAAGGCCAACCUGUUCAUCAGCAUCUUCCUGGUGGUGGCCGUGAGCCGGGACCGCUACUGCGCGCUGGUGCACCCCAUGGCCAGCCGGCGGCACCGGCGGCGGCGGCUGGCGCAGGUCACCUGCGCGCUCAUCUGGGGCCUGGGGGGCCUGCUGAGCGUGCCCACCUUCCUGCUCCGCUCCGUCAGGGCCGUCCCGGAGCUGAACGUGUCGGCCUGCGUGCUGCUGCUCCCGCACGAGGCCUGGCACUACCUGAGGAUCGUGGAGCUGAACGUGCUGGGCUUCCUCCUGCCGCUGGCCGCCAUCGUCUUCUUCAACUUCCACAUCCUGGCCUCCCUGCGGCGGCGGCUGGAGGUCAGGAGGACAAGCUGCAGGGGCCCCGGGGACGGCAAGACCACGGCGCUGAUCCUCACGCUCGUGGCCGCCUUCCUGGUCUGCUGGGCCCCCUACCACUUCUUUGCCUUCCUGGAGUUUCUGUUCCAGGUGCGGGCCAUCCGAGGCUGCUUCUGGGAGGAUUUCACCGACCUGGGCCUGCAGUGGGCCAACUUCUUUGCUUUCAUCAACAGCUGCCUGAACCCCGUGAUCUACGUCUUUGUGGGCCGGUUUUUCAGGACCAGGGUGCGGGAGCUUUAUAAGAAAUGCACCCCGAGAAGCCUUAUGACGGUGUCUUUGUCUCGUAGGAAAGAAAUCCUCCAGCUCUUCUGGCGGAAUUACAACAGCAGCGAGCCAAGAACCCCGGCUUCCUGA